UUUCUGUUGGAGCAGUGGCGAAGAUCCACCCUGCUCAAAUAAUCUUCAAAUAUCACGAACAUCUUCGUGUAAAGGAAGGCUCAGAAUAAUGUCCGGUAGUUGGAAUAAUAGCCGUGGAAACGGUGGUUCCAAAUUUGGAGGUGGUGGUAACAAAUUUGGUAACAAUGGAUCAUCUCGCUUUGGUGGUGGUGGCGGCGGCGGCGGAGGAAAUCGCUUUGGAGGAUCAGGCGGCGGUUUUGGUGGCAAGAAAGAAUUCUCUGGUGGCCAAAACAUGCGUCGCCCUAAUUGGGACUCUUUAUCUUUACAACCGUUUAACAAAGAUUUUUACAAUCCACAUCCUUCAGUAUUGAAGAGAUCACCAUAUGAAGUAGAAGAAUACAGAAACCAACAUGAGAUUACUAUUGGUGGAGUAGAUGUACCCAACCCUAUUCAAAAAUUUGAAGAGGGCAAUUUCCCUGACUAUGUUGUACAAAGCAUUGAUAGUAUGGGAUACAAAGAGCCUACACCGAUUCAAGCUCAAGGUUGGCCAAUAGCUAUGUCUGGCAAAAAUCUUGUAGGUAUUGCUCAGACUGGAUCUGGGAAGACAUUAGCUUACAUAUUGCCUUCCAUUGUUCAUAUUAAUAAUCAACCACCUAUUAGGCGUGGGGAUGGUCCCAUUGUACUGGUUCUUGCACCAACACGAGAAUUGGCACAACAAAUUCAGCAAGUUGCCACAGAUUUUGGAAAUGCAUCAUAUGUUCGCAAUACUUGUGUAUUUGGUGGAGCCCCAAAAAGAGAACAAGCUCGUGAUUUAGAAAGAGGUGUUGAGAUUGUGAUUGCUACACCUGGUAGAUUAAUUGAUUUCUUGGAAAGAGGAACCACCAAUCUUCAACGUUGCACAUACCUAGUUUUGGAUGAGGCUGAUCGUAUGUUAGAUAUGGGUUUUGAACCUCAGAUUAGAAAAAUUAUUGAUCAAAUUAGACCAGAUAGGCAAACAUUGAUGUGGUCUGCCACAUGGCCAAAGGAAGUCAGAAAAUUGGCAGAAGAUUAUUUAGGAGAUUAUGUUCAAAUUAACAUUGGAUCAUUGCAACUGUCUGCUAAUCAUAACAUCUUGCAAAUAAUAGAUGUAUGCCAAGAACAUGAGAAAGAGAACAAAUUAAAUGUUCUUCUUCAAGAAAUUGGUCAAAAUCAAGAGCCUGGUGCAAAAACUAUUAUUUUUGUAGAAACUAAAAGGAAAGUAGAAAAUAUUACCAGAAAUAUAAGGCGAUAUGGAUGGCCUGCUGUGUGUAUGCAUGGUGACAAAACUCAACAAGAAAGAGAUGAAACUUUAUAUCAGUUUAAACAAGGUCGUGCUAGCAUUCUUGUAGCAACUGAUGUUGCUGCUAGAGGGCUUGAUGUGGAUGGUAUCAAAUUCGUCAUUAAUUUUGAUUAUCCUAACUCCUCUGAGGAUUACAUCCAUCGGAUUGGCAGGACUGGUCGUUCAAAAACGAAAGGAACUUCAUAUGCAUUUUUCACACCAUCUAAUUCACGACAAGCGAAAGAUCUUGUAUCUGUACUCCAGGAAGCUAACCAGGUUGUAAAUCCCCAAUUGCAAACAAUGGCAGACCGCAGCGGUGGCGGCGGUGGUGGCUGGAACAGGAAUCGCUUUGGCGGAGGUCGUGGUGGUGGUGGCCGCGGUGGCUCUUUCAAGCGUGGCAGUAAUUUUGGGAGAGGAAAAUCACAUGGCGGAGGAGGCGAUGGCCAUAAACGAUUUGACUAUUAACUGAAGACCUAAGAAGUAUAGUUAAUGUUAACGGCAAAUCCUCAUAGGAAUACUGUGUGAAAGUGUAAUAAAAUUGGUGUUUUGAUUGUCUGAUUUUGCAAUUGUUGUUAGUAUAAUUUAUUUCUAAGGAACCUAUCACCUUAUCAUCCAUUAAUUUAUUUCUUAAGUUUAUUGCACUGUGAUAAUUUUUUAUCUGUGAUUCAAGUGAGGAUUAGCUAAUUUGAAUGUGAAACAUCUUAGGGGUAGCUGUGAAGCUAUUUUUUUAAACGGCGUGUUUAAUAUAUUUGGUCUCGUCAAUAAUUCUCUUUAGUAUUAAUGCCAUUCCACUGUUCUACGAUCUUCUGGAUUAAAUAAUAAAAAUGUACAUACAC